AGAGUCGGGAGUUUCUGACACAACAUCUCUUUCACUCUCAUUACAUCAGACAUCAUUGCACUGAUCGAGAUGUCUGAAAGCCCCGUGAAUAUUAGGCCAGUGUUGAAGUGACAUAAAAAAAGCAGAAAUGAAAAGCGAAUGAGGAACUUAUGAGCCUAAUAAAGCAUUUUCCCCUUUGUUUGUCAGAAGAGAAAUCAUCAGCACCUGCUUCAUCAUGCCAGCAUCUUCACGGUUGCUGGAGGGUCAUGAGCUGACGUCUCCGUACAAGAGUCUUCAUGACAGCUACGUGUCCGACCGCAGGGACUCCAGGUGUCCCGUCUCGGCUCUGCUGGCCGCUGCAUGUCUGCUGCUUUUGGGGAUUUUAUUGGCCGUGACAGUGAUAGAGGUGUUGAAGAAUGAGGAUCGGAUCCACGAGGCUCUGAAUCCUCCUCAGACACAGACGUGCUGUAAUCAAACCGACCCCAUCGAGCAGAGCAGUAUCGUCCUGGUGGAGAGUUUUCCUCUGGGCCUGGAUUACGGGAGAAACGUGAGCGCUGGAGUGGAUCUGUACGACGCCUGGAAGGAUCUUCUGUCUCGAGCCUCUGAACAGAUCGACGUGGCGUCGUUCUACUGGUGUCUGACCGCCGAAGACAUCAGCGUGAACUCGUCCAGCGACAGACAGGGCAGAGAUAUUUUAGAAGAGUUCAAGGCUUUACCGUCCAGGAACGUGUCUGUGCGCGUCGUCACCAGCAUCCCAACUCUAGCUCCCAACUCCACCGACCUGAAAGUCCUCAAAGAACGAGGAGUACAGAUACGCCGCGUCAACUUCGGCCGUUUGACUAAAGGAAUCCUUCACUCCAAGUUCUGGAUCGUUGACGGGAAACACGUGUACAUCGGCAGCGCUAACAUGGACUGGAGAGCUUUGACGCAGGUGAAGGAGCUCGGUGUGGUCAUCUAUAACUGCAGCGCUCUGGCUGAUGACCUGCAGAAGAUCUUCCAGUCCUACUGGGUCACGGCUCGCUCCAACGCCUCCAUCCCGGAUCCGUGGCCCUCCGACUACGACACCGGGAUCAACCAGGAGCAUCCGCUGCUGCUCAACCUGAGCGGAGUCCAGAGCCAAGCUUACAUCACGGCCUCUCCGCCGGUCUUCUGCCCGGACUCUCGCACACGAGAUCUGGACGCGAUCCUGUCGGCCAUCAGAGGAGCUCAGGACUUCAUUCAUGUGGCGGUGAUGGAGUUUUACCCCGCGUCCAAGUUCUUCCAUCAUCACGGAUACUGGCCGGUGAUUGAGGACGCUCUGAAGCGCUCGGCCGUGGACAGGAACGUCUCCGUCUGUCUGCUGGUCAGCUGUGGUCAGGAAACAGAUCCCGCCGUCUGGCCCUUCAUCAGGUCAUUAGAUGCGCUUCAUUCUCCAUCAGACAACAUCAACAUCGCUGUGAGAGUGUUUGUGAUUCCAGCGGGGAACCAGUCACACAUCCCUUACUCCAGAAUCAACCACAACAAAUAUCUGGUGACAGAGAAAGUGGCGUAUGUGGGGACUUCUAACUGGUCAGCUGACUACUUCAGCACCACGGCCGGCGUGGCUUUAGUGCUGUCCCAGAAUGCUUCAGGAGACUCGUUCCAUCAGCAGCUGAGUGCCGUGUUCGAUCGAGACUGGAGCUCUCCGUUCUCUCAUCCGCUCGCUGAUCUCCAGCGAAUCCACGACUGCGCUUUCUCCACAUCUGCACCUUAGACACCAAUACAGCACACAGACAACUCCUGCAAUUAGAGAAAAGUCUCUUAUAUACAUCGAGUAGACAUUAGAAAUGAUUUCAGAGUGUUUGCUUGCAUCUGUAUUAAUCAAAGUUAUUAGAGCAGUGCUUAUGGAAGAAAUAUUGUUAAUUCUGCUCUAGAUUGUUUUAACAAAUGCUCAUAUUUCACUAUCUUUUAUGUCAGCAUUUUAAUCCUCAAUUAAUGCUAAAUUGAUUUAAAAAGUAAAAAUUCCAUUAAAAUGAAAAUAUAUGCAUUUUUUCUAUUUUAGUUUAUAUAGUUGUAUAAUCUUUUUGCCUGUAUUUUUAUUAAAAUUUACUCACUUUUUACUUUGUGUGUGUUUUAUAAUAUAAUAAAUAUAUAUUUUAUUAUAAAUGUAA